GCCACAACAAUCUGAGCCUCCAAGCGCGACUCAGAAAUGAACGAUUUGGUCAAAACUACUAUUCCAUCGUCAUAGACGAAAGCCUAAGUUUACACAGGUAUCAAAAUCGGGACUUACGUCAGUGAACAUGAGUAAUCCGCUAUCUUGCGGUCUCAAUUUGACCAAAAAGUCGGCGACCAAACCCGCGCUGGCCAAGAGGAAUCCCAUUUUUGGAGGCGAUGACGACUCAGACGACGAUGCUCGCGCAUUAUUCGAGGGAUUACAGACUGCAAAAAUUACGGAACUGGACGAUUACACCUCGCAAUCGACUGGGUUACAGCCGAGCAAUAAACCUUCAUUGAAAUCAAAGAAGACGGUACGACCAUCCCAAGCGCCCAGUAAGUCCAAGAAACCCCAGAUCUCCGUGUAUGGGGAUUUAUCUAGCUCUCUGGAGUCGCGCAAGCACCAAGAAAAGGCGGAAGAGCUCGACCCCUCUAUAUACGAUUAUGAUGCGGUCUACGACUCUCUGAAACCCGAGAAGAAGGCCGCGCCUGAGGAUGUGGAGAGGCGGCCCAAGUACAUGACCAACCUGAUCGCAUCGGCAGCCACGCGCAAGCGAGACUCCCUCAUUGCCGAGGAGAAAAAGAUCGCGCGGGAGCGGGAAGAAGAAGGUGAAGAGUUCGCCGAUAAGGAGAAAUUCGUCACCGAAGCAUAUAAAAAGCAACAAGAAGAAAACCGGCGGGUAGAAGCGGAAGAACGCAGAAGAGAAGAUGCGGAGGCAAAGAAGAACCAGGGCAGGGGUAUGACGGCGUUCUACGCAGACUUGCUGGAAAAGGGAGACGAAAGGCAUGCUGAAGUCAUGAAGGCCGCUCAAGGCCGUGUAAAGUGUGACCCCCAGAUGGACGAAGCACCACCAGAAAAGGCCAAGACGGAUGCGGAUGUGGCCAGGGAAAUCAACGAAAAGGGUGGAUCUAUUGCUCUCAACGAGGACGGUCAAGUCGUGGACAAGCGGGAGUUGCUGAAAGGUGGUCUCAAUGUUAUUGCGAAGAAGAGACCAUAUGUCCGGAAAGACCAUGGUGUCGCGUCGGAUCGCCGCGGCGACGGGGAUCGGCCGGUAAUCUUCGUCGGAGCGGGAGGCGGCAAGAAUGCCAUGCGCGAACGACAGUCGCGCAUGUUGGAAGCGCAGCUAGAGCAAUCGCUUAAGAGAUCGCUCGAAGCCGAGGAGGAGGAGAGACAAAAAGUUGAGCGCGCUACUAAAAGCAGAAAAACUGAGACAGACAUUUCGAGCGCGAAAGAGCGAUACCUCGCGCGUAAGAGGAAAGUCGAAGAAGCUAAAAAGAAAGGUCUUGUAGAAUAGCCCUGAGUAGAAUAUAU